GCUCAUCGACAAGUACGUUCAGUUUGUGGUUAGGCGUCAGGUGAAAAGAACCCAAACGGGAAGAAAUAAGUUAGAAGUUUACCUAAGUAACUGCGCUUUUAAGGAUUUUCUACACUUCGACAGAACGUAUCAAGAAAUAACAAGACAAAAUGAAGAGUCUCAAGUAUCGACUGAAAAAGCAUGAAGUUAACAUCAUAAGCACAGAUUGGAAUAAGUAUGACGACCGGCUGAUGAAGGCGGUGGAGCGGGGGGAAGUGGAUAAGGUGGCCGCUGUCCUGAGCAAGAAGGGCAUCACUCCCACAAAGUUGGAUGUAGAAGGACGCUCUGCGUUCCAUUUAGCCGCUACACGAGGACACCUGGACUGCCUUAACCAAAUCCUUGGACACAAUGUGGACAUCACCGCAACCGAUGCCACUGGUAAAAAUGCACUUCACCUGGCCUCAAGAAAUGGACAUUCUCUCUGUGUCCAGAAGCUCUUACAGCACAACUGCCCGGUCGGUAAUGUCGAUCUUCAGGGGCGAACAGCACUGCACGAUGCCGUCAUGGCUGGCUGCACAUCCAGUGUCAAACUCCUCUCUGACAUCGGGGCUUCCGUGAACGCCAUUGACUUCGAUGGGAGGACGCCGCUGGUGCUGGCCACCCAGAUGUGCCACCCACACAUCUGUAAGCUACUGCUGGAGAGGGGAGCUGAUAUCACCCUCCGGGACAAGCAGAACAAGACGGCGCUGAUCCUGGGCUGUGAGUACGGCUGUAAGGACGCCGUGGAGGUCCUGCUGCGGGGGGGGGCGGACGUGAUGGCGGUGGACGGCCUGGGUCACGACCCCUACCACUAUGCCCGCCUCAACAAGAACCAGGAGCUCCUCGCCAUCGUCAAGACCCACCUGGACAACGCCAACAGAGUGAAAGAAGCUGUCAAGUUGGAACAAAGAAAGCGUCAGCAGUCGCUGCGUAAGGCAGAGGAGAAGCCAGAGGUGUCUGAUUCCAAAAGAGACCAGAAGAUUCAUGACUUGGAGAAACAGAAUGAGAACCAACAGGAGAGUUUGCGGAAGUUCCAGCAGGAGCAGAGGACUCUUUUGGAGCAGGUCAACAUGUUGCAGCAACAGUUAACUCAGGAAAAAAUCCCUGUUGAAGAUGUAAACAAAGAGAGGGAACAGCUGAAGAGGCUUGGGAGUGUCAAGGACAGAGAGGAGGGGCCUCGGCCCCAAGAAACGGUCAAGGUCCAGCUGAAGAACACCGUGGGUGACUAUUCCGGACAGUCGGUGAUAAAGGGAAAGGAGAACAUUUUGUCCAGGCAAUCUCACAGCUUUGAUUCUUCUCAGAUGCUCCAGAACACCGGGGCCUCGCACUUCGGCCCCAGAGCCGCGGGGUCCGGUCCACACGCAGCGGGAUGGGAACCCGCGGGCGACACGGACACGCUCCGACGGGAACUGGACACUGUGAGGAAGCGGCUGCAUGUGGCCGAGGAGGACCGGGCCCGCUUGCAGUCGACGCUGAACCGCAAGAAUCAGGAGUGCCAGGACGUGGCGGCCAGCCGCGAGGCGCUGCGGAAGCAGGCGGACCGGCAGGUCCAGGAGCUGGAGGACGCCCUGGGCGACGUGCAGAAGCGGAUGGUGGACUCGGAGUGCAAGGUCAAGCAACUGCAGGCCCACGUGGUGGCGGUCAAGGAGCACCUCGGAGGCCAGGCGGCCGACGAGCUCCGUGGCCAGCUGCAGGAGGUCAAGGCCAAGUACGAGGGGGCCUCGGCCGAGGUGGGCCGCGUCCGCAACCGCCUCAAGCAGAGCGAGAAGGCCCUGGAGGAGUACAAGAGCAGCGAGGGCCAGCUCGCCACAGAGGCGGAGCGGCUGGGCCGGGAGCUGGACGCGCUGCGCGGCGAGCGGGACGCGCUGGCUGGCGCGCUGCAGGCGACGCAGGGCCAGCUGCAGGAGGCCAAGGCCAAGCCCGGCAACGUGGUGCCGGCCGAGAAGUUUGACAACAUGAAGAACCUGCUGACCAACGCGGUGGACGAGAAGGAGCGGCAGCUGGCGGAGCUGAGGGAGGACUACGACCGGGUGCUGGAGGAGGUGGCCGAGCUCCACCGGGCGGCGGACAGCCAGCUGCCGCAGGCGGGGAAGGCCACGAUGCCAUCGGAGGAGCACCAGCGCAUCAGGGCCGCGCUGGACGACCAGAACGCAUCGCUGAAGAGGAGGCUCGCCGACGUGACCGCCAAGAGCCAGGUGCUCAUCCGAGAGGUGGAGGAGAGCGAGGAGGAGCGGGAGAUCCUGCGGGAGCAGCUGGACGAGCUCAACGGCAGGAUGGAGGCUGAGUUCGUGCCCCUAGGGGAGCACGAGGAAGCCAAGUUGAACAUGGUGAAGGCCAUGGAAGAACUUGAAGACAAGAUUGUGGAAGCCAGUGAGCGCUUUGGCAAGGCAGAGGCACAGGUGCAGCAGCUCGACAGCGACCGGGCGUCCCUACGCCAGAUCGUCACCGGUCUGAAAGCUUCCAGUGAGAAGCAGCAAAGCGAAAUGGAGGCCGUUCUGUCUCAAAAGGCUGAGAUGGCGGGGCGGCUGGAGCUUUUGCAGAAGAAGUGCGAGGAGCGAGAGGGAGAGUUGGCCCGCCUGACGGAGCAGAGCGGGUCUCUGGAGCAGAGGCUGGACAGGGACUACGUACCCAGAGAGCGGCACGAGCAGGUGAAUAGGGAGCUCAGCGUGGCCCUGGAGGCCGCUGUAGCCCAGAUAUCCAAACUGGAAGCCAAGGAAAAAGAAAGUGGUGAAGAGUUGAGGAAUGUGAAAGACGGAAGCAACAUGUUGAAAGAAAAGCUGGAGAAAGUUCUCUGUGAGAUGGAAAAGGAUUACGUGAGCCUGAAGGAGCAUGACGGCAUCAAGGUCAAGUUGAGCAACAAGGUGAGUGAGGCAGAGAGCCAUGCAAAGGGAAUGUCUGAAAUGUAUGCGUCAUCCCAAGAGGAAACGAGAAAGCUGAAUGAGGAACUUGAGGCACAGAAGAAAGAGCUUGACACCAUCCAUGAGGCGAUCGCAUCCAAGUUUGUCCCCAGGACGGCCGUGAAGGAGGAAGAAAACUCCCAUAAGGCUAAGGUUCAAGACCUGACUGAGAAGCUAUUGCAAAUGGAGGAGAAUUACAAUACAGAGAAAUCGGCAGGAGAACGCCUAAGGCGGGAGAUGGAGGACCUACGUCGAGAGGUCGGUUCAUUGCAGGAGAGACUUGAAAAUGCUUGCAAAAUGAGCAAGGAAGCGGAAGGGCAGUUCAAGGGCAGGUUGGAGGAGGCCACGCUGAAGUCGAUGGAUGCAGCGCGCGAGUACAGGGAAGAGGCCACCAUAAGGGCCAAACUGGAGGAGCAGAAUGCACUGAACCACGCCAAGAUCCACAGCCUCGAGGCGCGCCUCCAGGCGGAGUCGGCCCGCGUCCAGGGCUACGACCAGGCGGCCGUGCUCGCGCAACACGGCCAGGAGAAAAAGGACUUGGAGGCGGAGGCGGAUGUGGCGGAGCUCCGCGGGCUCCUCCGCGAGGAGCAGGAGAAGGCUGAGGACGUGGCGGCGCUGCGGUCGGAGCUCCUCCGGGCCACCCACGCCCUGGAGGAGCUCCGGGGCAGCGAAGAGCAGGCGAGCCGGCUGAAGGCGGAGAACCGGCGGCUGGAGGGGGCGGCGGGGGAGCUGGGCGAGCGGCUCCUGGGGGAGACGGAGCGGUGCGACGGGCUCCAGCGCGACACCGUCCAGGCCCGCGAGGCGGAGGAGCGGGCGAGGACGGAGGUGAGGAGCAUGCUGGAGAAGGGCCAGGCCAUCGACCGCGAGACGAGGGAGCUGAAGGAGAGGUACGACGAGUCCAUCGGCACCAUCGGAGACCUCCAGAGGAGGAUCCAGCUGUCGGCAGAGCAGAUCCAAGUCAAAGAGAAGAAGAUCGCGGAGCUGAUGACAGAUGUGGAGCAGCUGAAGCAGGCUGUGAACGGUCUGUCUCAGCUGGCGUACGCCGGCAGUGCGCCCAACAAAAGACAGACGCAGCACAUUGACACACUCCAAGGCCAACUCAAGAGCCUGCAGCAGCAGCUGGCUGACGCUGAGAGGCAACACAGGGAAGUGGUGUCCAUCUACCGAACUCACCUCCUCAGUGCCGCACAAGGCCACAUGGAUGAGGAUGUCCAGGCCGCCCUGCUCCAGAUAAUCCGCAUGAGGCAGGAGUUUGUCUGCUGAAGGGAGCUGCCCCCAGUGUGUGUGUGUGUGUGUGUGUGUGUGUGUGUGUGUGUGUGUGUGUGUGUGUGUGUGUGUGUGUGUGUGUG